AUGGCACUCCGUUCCCGUCAGAAUACCGGUGGCGGCCUCUAUGACGAGCACAGACUGUCAGUGGACAACUACGAUGGGACGACGACCAGAGAGACGAAACCACUUCUGCCAGGACAUGUCGGGUCUCGCCCGAAGUCCACGUGGAUAGAGUCUCUGGGGAGGUUUUUUGUUUUUGCCAGCAUUGCAACCAUCUCUUUUCUGGGAUGGAAGACAUUUUCGGGAGCCUCCCGAAAUUCCCAUGGCCGAGAUUACUAUUUGAUCCAUAACGCUCGUGUAUAUACGGUGGAUCGUAGUCUCCCGAAUGUGGACGCCUUUGUGGUGAAAGACGGUCGAUUUGUUGAUGUUGGACUUUCAUCCGAGUUGCUUGACCGGCAUCCCUCGGCUGCCCGGUUUGAUGGGCAGGGCAAAACCAUCAUACCCGGACUAAUUGAUGCUCAUGGGCAUCUCCUCGAACAAGGACUGUUCAUGUCGAGAGCCGAUGUGAAAAACUCCACAACUCUUGCGCAAGUGCGCAACUCCCUGCUGAAGUACCUGGACGCGCAUCCUGAAAUCGAAAAGAACGGAGAAUGGAUUUUUGGCAGUGGCUGGGAUCAGACGCUCUGGAGCGAGACCAACUUCGCCUUCCCCAAAGCAACCGACCUCGACGCCCCCACCCGUCUCCAACACAUCCCGAUCUGUCUCUAUCGCGUCGACUAUCACGCCUACUGGCUCAACACCGCCGCUCUCGCCCUCAUCCAACCCCAUCUUCCCGCCCCCGGCACGCCCAUCGACGGCGGAGAGAUCGUCCGCGAUGCCGAUGGGCAUCUCACGGGAGUCUUUGUGGAUAAUGCGAUGGGGUUUGUGGACGCUGCGUUGCCGAAACCGAGUGAGGCGAGAUUGAGGGAUGCGUUGAGACUUGCGACGGGGGAGAUGGUGAGGUUUGGGUUGACGGGGUUGCAUGAUGCGGGGGUUACGCCGGAGGGGAUUGACUUUUUGAAACGAGCCGCAGAUGAACGCCUAAUGCCGAUCCGCAACUACAUCAUGAUCCGCUGCGAGACACCGGAGUACUGCGGACACCUGGCGCCGAAGUUCAAGAACUAUCGUGAUCGGUUGACUGUCAAUUCCGUGAAGCUUUUCUUUGAUGGCGCCUUGGGUUCUUGGGGCGCUGCGAUGAUUGAGCCUUAUGCAGAUGAUUCUACGAAGAAUGGUCUCAUGCGAAUGUCCUCCGAACAAUUCCGAAGCCUGGCUUACAAGUGGGCCAAGAACGGUUACCAAGUCAAUGUACACUGCAUCGGCGACCGAGCAAACCGAAUCGCGUUGGACGGAUUUGAAGCGGCCUUUCGUAACCUGAGUCUGACUGCAGAUGAAGCAAGGGAACGGAGGAUGCGGAUUGAGCAUGCGCAGAUCAUUGCCCCGGAGGAUAUCGAACGGUUUGCGAAACUGGGGAUCAUCCCGUCCAUGCAACCUACACACGCAACAAGCGACAUGACCUACGCCGAAACCCGCCUCGGCCCCUCCCGCAUCCGUACCGCCUACGCCUGGAAAUCCCUCCUCAAAACCGGCACACCCCUCGCUCUCGGGUCCGAUUUCCCGAUUGAAGGCGUCAACCCUCUGCUCGGCAUCUACGCGGCUGUCACCCGCUUGGAUGUGGAUGGUGGCUCUCCGCAUGGGAAGGGUGGGUGGUAUCCCGGUGAACGGUUGACGGUGGACGAGGCGUUGAGGGGGUUUACGGUGGAUGCUGCUCGGGCCGCGUUUCAGGAAGGGGAGCUGGGAUCGAUCACCCCGGGCAAGAAAGCGGAUUUUGCGGUAUUCGAUCGGGAUUUCGUUGGAGGCGAGCCGAGCGAGAUACUCAAGGCACGGUGCCUCACUACUGUUGUUGGUGGCGGCGUGGUGUAUGGGCAGCUCUGA